CAACAAUAUUUUAUCAAUUCUUUGGUCGCCAGCGUUAUUUUACUUCCACGUCAUUUUUGCCAGCAGAGCUAAAAUGACUUUACCCUUCAAAAUCAAAGACAUUUCAUGGCUUUAUUCUAAUGAGAUAUGCUAACUACGAAUUAUAUUCACAGUGUCAACUGAGUGAUAAAAAUGGGACAGCUUUUGCAACGCUUCCAAGAAACCAGUGGACAAGUGCAGCCUGGUGCAGUUAUUCCUGUCAAGUUUCCGGACCUUUCAGAGCUUCCACCAGAAUUAAGCCUCUUGGUUCUUUCGAAUCUGAAUGCAACUGAUCUCUGCCUUGCUGCGUGUGUCUGGGACAAACUGGGAAAUGAUGAAGUUCUCUGGCAGAGUUUAUGUAGAAGUACCUGGGGAAGUGUGAGUGUUUAUCGCAGAUGCAGGAACGAUCCAGAAUUUUCGUACCGUAAACUUUUCCUUACUCUGGAUGAAGCAACCUUGACCUUCAAUGGAGACCCUUUCAAGGGUGAAGAAUACUUGAUUUCUAAAGGCCUUGUUGAUGACUCUCCAAUGGAGCUGGCAAAGUUUAUCCAUACAUCACGUAAAAUCAAACCACAGCCCAGGAGGACGUACUUAGAUAAAAGGCGAGAUGUUUUAGACUAUGUUAUGCAGCUCCAGAACUAUGAAAAUCAGUUCCUUCCAAAUGCCAUGCGUAAGUUAUUCAGUACAAUAUCCGCCCCAGCAGAGAGAGGCAGCUACUUGGAACAAAUUAUCGACAAAUUUGCAGAGCGAUUUUGUAACUGUAAUCCAAAGCUAGGUCUUCAUAAAGAUGUUGUAUAUGUACUCUGCUUUUCACUGAUCAUGUUGUCUGUAGACUUAACCAGCCCGCAUGUAAAGAACAAGAUGUCAAAGCGCGAAUUCAUCAAAAAUACAAAAGGAGCGGCAAGAGGCAUUGACGAGGACUUGGCAGGACACCUGUAUGACAAUGUGUACCUUGUUGGCCAUGUUGCUGUCAGUUCCUGAGAAUUAGGGAAUCGUUAAUGCAAAUCAAGAGCUGAAUGAAAACUGUUGUAACUUUUUUUCAUUAACAUGUGUUACAACAGUUUUCCGUUCAACUGGCGAUUUAUAAAAAUGUGCCAUUUGCCUCCAGAUGUAGUAACAGACUUAAAAACUGUAAACUGUAUAUUUUAUGGGUCAAAUUUAUUUUGUGAUUUCAUUAAUAGCAGUUAUUUUCGAGUUGUGUUAAAAAUCUACUCUUUGCAAAUAUUUGUUUUCUUAAAGACAGCUUACUUAGCAUGGCUAUUUUGAAUGUUUCUGAUAUAAGGAAAAUACCACACCAUUAAUUAUAUACACCAAUAUAUAGAAGAUAUUUAUAUACAAGAAUAUCUUGGUUAUUUUCCAUUCUGUUGUAGAGAUAAAUGGGUUUUCAAAAAUGCCGUUUUUGUAAGGGUAUUGAUAAUACUGUCGGUAAGCCUGUGAUAUAUAAUGAACUUUUAUUCUGAUUGAAAGAUAAUUAUUUUACUUGUUUGAGUUUCCAGCUUGGCAAAGAACAUGAUCUCAUUAUGUAGAUAUUGAAAUGUACUGCAGCAGCCAUGAGGCCAAUUACUUUCAAAAGUAAUCAAUUACAUUAGAUUACAGAAACAUUUUGUGAGAUUACAAUUACAUGUAAUCAAAUUGAUUUAAAUAAUCAGUUAUAUGCAACCAAACGGCAGCUUGUAGCAGAUUUUAUUCUGUAAUUGUAGGUUUUCUAUUUGAGGCAAAAUAAAAAUGUGAAAGAUUAUUGUAAUGAAGGAAUAAGAUGCUUUUGAAUUUGUUGAAAUCUAUAGCUGUUAACUAUUGAGAUUAUUGUGUUUGAUUUUUGUGAAAUUAUAGUGAAUUAAAUUAUUCCCUUUAGAUGUACAUAAUAAUUAUGUACCGGUAUUUACUAGAAUUCACCUGCAUGAAGCACAGCUUACAUAAAAAUGACAUGGCAUCAACAUGAUGCUGAAGAGAUAUGGCCUGAAAGAAAAUACAUUCAAUUUAAGUGUAUCUUUUUCACCAGUAUAUUAAGAUAUAUUACUUUCACUAAAAACAAAAAAAAAAACAAAAAAGUUUUGUGAACACUCAGAUUUUUAUCAGUAUCAAAAAAAAAACCCCAACACAGGUGUUGUGACAAUACGUUUAAAUCAUUGUGAAGAAUGAUGAUGAUGGAUUGAGAAAUGAUGUUUAUACAUGUAGUUAAUAAAAAUGAAUUUUUAGUUUUCACAUUCUUAAUGGAUCAUUACUUCAGUUAUGUAGAAGUAUAAUUUCAAAAUAUAUAUAUAGGUAUUUUUCAUUAUAAAAGCAGAAAAGAUUGAAUCAAGCGGCCAUGUCAAAGGUAGAAUUUUGCAAAAAAAAAGUAUCCUAAGGCCCUUCUUUACAUAUGAUUUUCACCAACUCUAUUAGUAUGUUAUAUUUAUAUCUAAGUGUGUAGUUUUUUAUUAUUUUUUUAUUUUUUAAUUGCCCAUUCCAAUAAACUCUGUUUGAUUUUAAUAUUUUUCUGUCAUAUUGUGAAAUUUAAUUUUAAGGGUGUGAAAUUUCAAGGUUUUUACAAAAACUGCUCUUCUGCAGUGAUAGCAAUUUGUGGAUUUUAGAAACAGAAGAUACAUUGAAUGUUAAUUUUAUUUGCACACUGGGAUUUAUAGUUAAACGCAACCACGGAAUCAAUGAAAAAUAAUCCCUCAUGAAUAUUAAUGAUUUACUAGGGUAAUAUUAAGGUGAUAUUGGCUGAAUAUGAGAUUCAGCUUAUGGCUUUAACCGCUUUGAGAAAUUUGUUAUGAUUGAAAGGUAUAAUAUCAUGUAGGGUUUGUCAUAAAAACUGUUACUUUAAUUGUAGCGUGUUAUAUAUUUUUGAUAUUGACAGAAAGUAUGUAUAUCUACUGUGCUAGUGAUGUACAGUCGAAUUUUGUUCGCGCGAACUCGGAUAAUUCAAAGACUACCAUUUGUUCACACUGUCAAAUCCAGGCAAAAUAUCUGUAUAUUGUUUAUAGUUUUAUGGCUUGAGCCGCUGGUAUCUCGUACACAUUUUGCUGUUCAGUCGAUUUUAGCAAACAAAGUUUGACUGUAGAGUCAUCUUUAAUCAUUUAAGACUUAAAGGGACAUAUACAUGAAAGGCGUACAUAGGAUUUAUAAAGGAAUUUGGCCCAUUUUUUUUUUUUUUUUUUUUUUUUUUUAAGAAUAAAAAAAGUCAGUGAUAGUGCUUUAAAACUUUUUUUUCAUGAACUAAACAUCCAAACUAUGAAAAUGUGCGAUUAUUGUUAUACAGUAUUGUCAAAUCUGUGUUAAAGACCACCUCUGAACAGAGACCACCUGGCUCUAAAGACCACACGUUUUGUUUUCCAUUUUAACAUUUACAGUGUAUUCUAACCUGUGAAUAAAGACCACCUCCCAAUAAAGACCACAUUUUGGCUCUCCCAAGGGUGGUCUUUAUAGUCAAGUUUGAAAUCUGGAGGACAGACUGGCAUGAGAUAUAUUUCCAUUUUGACACUCUGUCACCAGUUCCACUCCUCUCUCAUAUUUACAAAAAAUAAUUAACUUAAAAACUCACAUUUUUUCAGGAUUGGGGAGGUAAACACCUUUUCUGAAAAAAAAAUGUAUCAUGUCAUGUUAAGAAAGGAAUAUACUUCAGUGAUGGCUUAUGUAUAUCCUUUGAUAUUUGAAAUAUUUUUGCUUUAUCCCUGAAUUUAUAAAUCAUAAUCACGCAAACAAAGGCCAUACAUACUUGUUUUUGUUUAGCCUGAGUUCCAUGUGGUAUCCUGUAGUUACAGAAAUAAUGAAAUUUUGUUUAGAUGAUAUUUGUUGUUAUUGUUUUGAUAUAGAAUUACAGUUGUAAUUUAUUAUUGUUGUUACACACUUUAUACUUAUCUACGUAUAUGUAGGUUGUUAUUUUGUAUUUUAAGAAUAAAACAGAUGAAAUUCA